AUGGCUUCACAAAUCGCGGCGCCUAGUCUGGCGCCGAAACCGAAAAUCGACCUGUCCAAAAAGCUUUCAGAACUCCGAGCUAGCAGAGGCAAACCUCACACAGGCUCCUCCAGAGAACCUGCACCCGUCACCCCGCCUCUCCCCAGUCCUCCAGAUCUCUCCUCCCACCAAUAUUCCCGACCAGUGCGUCGUAUAUUAUCACAGCAAGACCACGAGCUCUUCCUCUCCUCAUCGACAUACACGUUAAUUCUCGGCUUCAUCUUCGGCCUCACCGAUUCCGUGCGCGGAUGGGCAACCACAGAUGUCGGCACUCCGUCCCCCACGAUCUCCAAGAUCCAGUCUGUUGUGCACAAACUCCGGUCCCUCCUCGACCAACAUCCUUCUCUCGACCAAGGUGGCUCGCGGUUCGGUAACCCGGCGUUUCGUGACCUAUUCGAUGACGUGGCGGCACAGAGCGCGGCAUGGCACAGGGACAUACUUGGAUUCACAGAUGAAGCCCUCAUCGAGGAAGCUUCGACGUACCUGAUCCACUCCCUCGGAUCGCGUGACCGGCUCGACUACGGCUCCGGUCACGAACUGAACUUCACGAUGUGGCUGCUGUGUCUGCGUCAGGUGCACAUGUUCUCGACCGUGGACUUCCCUGCGGUCGUCUUCCACGUCUACGUCGGCUACAUGCACCUUAUGCGCGACAUCCAGACCACCUACUACCUCGAACCCGCGGGCUCGCACGGAGUCUGGGGCCUUGACGACUACCAUUUCCUCCCGUUUCUGUUCGGCGCCUCACAGCUGGUGGCACACCCCUACAUCACGCCGCUGUCGAUCCAUAACAUGGCGGUAUUGGAGGAAGAAGGGGACAAGUUCAUCUAUCUGGACCAGGUGCGGUGGGUGGACAGCGUGAAGACGGUCAAGGGACUGCGGUGGCACAGUCCAAUGCUGGACGAUAUCUCGGGGGCCAAGAACUGGAGCAAGAUCGAGGGGGGAAUGAAGAAGAUGUUCGUCAAGGAGGUCCUGGGCAAGCUGCCCAUCAUGCAGCAUUUUCUGUUUGGGAGCUUGCUGCCGGCGGCCCCCGGGAUGAGGGAAAUCACGGACGACAUGGAAGACGAACACGACCACGAGCAUGACCAUGGGAAUGCCCACGACCACAGCAGCCACACAGACUACUUUGGGGAUUGCUGCGGGAUCAAGGUGCCGAGUACCAUCGCCGCGGGAGCUGAAAUGCGAAAGCGCGGCGGAGGAUCAGGGCUCCGCCCGAUUCCUUUUGAUUAA